AUUGAAUAGAGCAGAUAUGUUAUGUUUUAAACCAGGAACAUUAACAUUUACAUUCACACGGCUAUGAUUCUUCUUCGGUCGUAUUAGGAAAGUGUGGACGAUAAGAUAUCGUGAACAUGAAUAAAGUCACAUAAACAACCAAGGCUUUAGCGAGCUGGACCUUGCGCUCAAAUCCGCAAACAUGUUGCCGCGAAGAUGCAUUCUUAUACUCUUAAUGAUUUCCGGCGUAGAACCAAACCCAGGUCCUGGGAGUUCAAGUUCCGAAGAUGAAGAUAGUCCAGCAAACGAAGAGAUAUAUCGACGACAGCCAAUAAUUUCUGAGGAUGGCAAUGCUGAAUCAUGCACAGUGGAAACAAGUAAUACACUCAGGGGCUACAAAGCGCAAUACGAACAGUUCAGGAAAUUCCAAUCUCGUAUAGAUACCUUUACCAACUGGCCUUCACACCUAAAGCAGAGGCCGACAGAAAUGGCAGUGGCAGGAUGGUUUUACACGGGCGAUGGGGAUGAGUGCAUAUGUUUCGCCUGUGGGGGUGGCUUGACGAAUUGGCAACAAGAAGACGAUCCCUGGAUAGAACACUGUCAAUUCAAGGAGUGCCCAUAUUUACGGGAGACCAAAGGCGAUGACUUUAUCAAUCGACACCAACAGAUACCUACUGCUAGACAAACGGAGCCGAACCAGGUUGCCUACGAUCACAUACCUGAUGAAGUUCCUGUACCAAAUCAUUGCAAACACUUACACUGCGAUACACAAGAGGAUCAAAACUCGGAUGUUGGCAACAUUGCUACUGCUGCGAUGGAACAAGAAGGCGCCAUAGGACCUGGUCAGGGAGAAAAUGAUGCACCUCAUCAUUCGACUGCUUCGCACCAGUAUGACUUCGGUUGUGACGAUGUUGGCAACAGAGAUGAAAAUAGAAAUGGGAAUCAUGUUGAUGUAGCACUGAGCCCUACUGAGCAGAACAACAUCGAUGAUCCUAACUUGGAUUCCGCCCAGCUUAUCGAACCAGAGAGAAAUCUGUAUGGAAACUUACAAAGGCGUUUUACGUGUCGUAUAUGUCACAUUAACAGAGUGAACGCACUGUUCCUACUAUGUAGGCAUCUUAUGUUCUGCAUGGAGUGCACAUUAUACGUUGAUGAGUGUCCAUUCUGCGACACACCAAUUUUGGAAAGGAUUCGCACGUUUAUGACAGGUUGAAUCAACACAAAGAAAGUAUACAUCGUUGAAGAACUCUAUUAAAUUAUGUGUCUCUUGGGCCAGACAUGGAGAUGAAGACAUUGUUUUCACCCGGCACACAGCACACGUUCUUCUUGGAUUGCACACAACCCUACGAUAGGUAUCAACACUGCAGCAAAACAAUGACAGAAAUGAUUUGCACAUAUGUGGAAUGAACAAUCAACGUAUAUGUUUUUAUGUAUAAGCAGAUUAUGUGCACCACGUGGUAUGAUAUAUGAUUUUGACUAAAUAAACUCUAGAUAGCUAGAUAUAAAGGCGAAAACAUUUACAUUUUUUUACAAAAGUCAUAGAAUAAGCUGAAUUUCAGUUUCAUUUUUCUUUGAAGUUGCCGCGAUCAUUCCUUCUGCAGAUAACUAUAGUUAAAAUAGAAAAGUCAAUGAUACCAGAGGAGAAUCUGCUAAUGCCACAAUUUUUCUUCUGUAAAGUGUCUAAGUAACAGUUACCAACAAAAUAUAGUGCACCAGAGCUAUUUCCCCUAUAGUUAUCGGCGCAAACAAUUUCUUAAGUGAACGGGGAAAGAUUUAGAACACGUCCGUUGAAUAGUUGAACAUUGGUCUUGUAGUACCCGGUGAAGUUUGCGUGAAACACUAAUUACAUACCAUCUUCGAGUUAAUUUCACUACCCUCAUACUUUCAUGCAAUUUUCUUUUACUGAUUAGCGGUGAUGCGUAUCCACCAAAAAGGUGCGCUUUCACAUAUGUUUAUUAUAUUUAAAUUUACAUACACGAUAAGCCUAUUAUCGCAUGGGGACAUCACCAGAAAA